AUGGCUCUUCCAUUAGAAUUUGGAAGGAUAAAUGGAUUCCUUCCUCCUCCUCUCAUUUGGCUCACUCUCCUGAGAGCAAAAGCCAUUUUGAAUAUCCCUUUGAGCCCCAUUCUGCCUCAAGACUGGAUCAUUUGGAUUGGGUCAAAGUUGGGGAUGUUUACUGUCAAAAGUGCCUAUCACAUAGGAAGGGUUCUUAAGGAGGAUGCUAGGGGACAAUGCUCUAAUGCAGCUAGGAUGCCUGAUAUUUGGAGGGAUUUAUGGAAUCUGAAAAUUCCAGGUAAAGUGAAAUUGUUUGCUUGGAGAGCUUGUCAAAACUUGUUGCCUACUAGAGAUAAUCUUUACAAGAGGAAAGUGAUACAAGACCCUAUUUGUCCUUGUUGUGGUUUAGAAGUUGAAACUGUCAUCUACUCUUUGUGGUCCUGUCCAACAGCAAAAGAUGUUUGGGGAGAUAACCUUUCUUGCUUUCAAAAAUGUAGUUCCUCUCAGAUAAGUUUUUUGCUCUUCUUGGAUUUUUGCUUUCGGAUUUAUGAUAAAGAAAAAGUGGAGUUACUGCUUGUGGUUGAAAGGAAUCUUUGGUUAAGAAGGAAUUCUUUACUUUUUGAAGGAUGUUUUCUUCCUCCCAGAAGAAUUUGGGAAGGGUCCUUUUCAUUUUUGGAAGAUUACAAAAAUAGCUUAUUGGGGGAGGAGAAUGUUGAUAGGGUCGAUCUUAAGAUCUGUGGUUCCUCUUGGUCCUGA